CUAAAGCAGAGUAAAGAAAGGCUGAACGAGCAGCGUGCCAGAUGAAAACAGCUUUAAUAAAGUAACGCAGAGCAUUUUAUUGUAAGUAACGGGAACGGCGUUAUAACGAUGUAAAAAGUAAUUAGUUAGAUUACUCGUUACUAAAAAAAGUAACGCCGUUUAUUUCUAACGCCGUUAUUCCCAUCACUGCUGGCAGGAUAGAAAGGUUUACAGUCUUUCUUUGCAAAAUGGAAAGACUAAUUUGCGAAUAACACGGUGAGGAGUAGUAGUAAUAAUAAUAGGAAAAAGCAGCCUAAGUUUCUGAUUGGCUGAUGGAGAGGAACGUCAUCGAACUGCGACAGCGCGCCUUUCUUUGUCAUAGCAUAACUGGUAGAAUAAAAGGUUUACAGUCUUUCUUUGCAAAAUGGAAAGACUUCUUUGCGAACGACACGGUAACAUUUGCUUUCUGAAGACUGGUGUGAAGGAAGGACCGAAUAAGGGUAAAAGUUUCUAUGUUUGCACCGGGCGGGAUGCGACACCGUGUGAUUUCACACAGGCUGCUGAUCUUCCACCUUCUCACUGUCUCCGCCAUGAAGAUGUGCUGGUUGAACUGCAGAUGUUGAGUCACAGUGCAGCACAGGGCACUUACAGGCUGUUCUAUCGCUGUGUAGUAGGAAAGAAAGAGGGACAGAAGUGGUGUGGGAGUGUUCCAUGGACAGAGACAGGCAGUAAGAAGAAUCUUUUUUCAGAGGACAAAAAACAGCCUUCCAGUCUGCCGCCUGUUAGAAAUCCUUUCAAAGCCCCUGGAAAAGCAGACAAAAGCUCAGAGUGGAAAAAGAUUCGAGAAGGAGAGACAGGUAAAGGAGAGGUAAAGACAUUGGAAAAGUCUGUAGAAAGUGAGAGCGCCAAGACAAGCAACAAUGAUGACAUUUGCCAAAAGAAAUCAGAGAAAGAAUCUGAUGGCCCAAGAAGCUUGGAUGGUGCAAACACCAGGGAGGGAGAAGCGACGAGUUGUGCACAUUCUGAAUCCUGGAGAGACAAAAAACUUCCUCAUGGAAUGAAGAUAAAGAAGCGAUCAUCUGAUGAGGACAAGAAAUUGCACAGCAGUAGUGAAGUGACUGCGAAAGGAGCAGAUGAUGCUCAGGGUUCUAAUAGUAGCAGUAAAUGUGAGCGUGUCGACGAACAGCAAACUGGGAAAAAGACUAAAUCACAGAACCCAAAAAGCCAUGAUGAUGAGGAGAGAGCAGCUCCACAGCAAAACGCUAAACAAAAAACUGAGGGACGCAGUCCUCAUUUAACUUCUAGGAAGACCUCUACAUCAAAUACAGACCCUCAGUCAGACAAUAUUCCAAAAAAUACUCCAAAAAACGACAGUCAGGCCAGCCCAUGUUCAACAUUAGAAGGUGUUUCAGCUUCACUGAAGCCUGUUAUAAAUAAUGCCCAGAAGAAAACAGUAAAAUCACCCUUUGGAGACUGGAGUGAUGAUGAUGAUGUCCAGUUGGUGUCAGUUCAGCCAAGCUCUCAGCAGAUUUCAGUUCCAGCUGCACCUUUGCAGAAAACCCUUACCUCAUACCCAGGCUUCCAGCUAAUGUCAAAGGGCAAAAGUCAAGAGGAUCCCAGAGCACUUCACAAUCAGCUUACGGCCCAGCUUAAACAAAAGAAGGCCACUCUGUCCGUGGUUAAUAUGUCUGCUCUGCCUGAUAAAGGAGAGAGGCUGAAGAGCCAAGUGAAGGAUCUAGAAGAGGCUCUGGAGGCUUUAAGUCUGACCAGUGUUGCUCUUACUGGUUCUCAAGAUGCAGACAGUGAUGCCCAGCAGAAUCCCAAACCCCAUCAUUCCAGUCCUUUUAACCGUGCAGGGGGCACUGUUCUCCUGGCAGAGGCUCCAGUCCAUUUCCAGCCAAGCUCCUCUACUAGCUCACUGGGACUGCAGCUGAGUCAGGGUUACUCACAGACGUAUGGAGUGCAUCCUCAAAAUCAGGCCUUCUAUGGUGGCAGGAUGACCGAGGACAGACUGCUCGCUGUGCGCAAUGCCACAACAGAGGUGAUUGACCACCUCCACCAUUCACUGGAGUCUUGCCCUUCUACAGACACAGAGGCACAGGAUCCCAAAGGGUUGAAGGUCCAGUUGUUGCCUCAUCAGAGAAGAGCCCUGGCCUGGCUGCUAUGGAGAGAAACCCAAAAACCCUGUGGAGGUAUUCUGGCGGAUGACAUGGGUCUGGGGAAAACCCUCACCAUGAUUGCUCUCAUUCUGUCCCAAAAGAAGAAGGAAGAGAAGGACCCUCAGCUAGAGGGAUGGAUCUCUAAAACUGACUCGUCUUUGGUGGCAUCCCAGGGAACACUAAUCAUCUGUCCUGCCUCUCUGGUGCAUCACUGGAAGAAGGAGAUAGAGAGGCAUGUGAAGAGCAGUCGCCUGAGCGUGUAUCUGUACCAUGGGCCUAACCGACAGAGGAGUGCAAGCAUAUUGGCUGAACAUGAUGUGGUGAUCACCACAUACAGCCUGGUUUCUAAAGAGAUCCCAGUUCAGAAAGAGGAUGCUGAAAAGCCCGGUCAGGACUCUGAGCCUGUGGGUUCAGAGCUGCCUCUUCUCCUGCGUGUAGCCUGGGCUCGUGUGGUUCUUGAUGAGGCCCACAACAUCAAGAACCCUAAAGUGCAGACCUCCAUGGCUGUGUGUAAGCUGCGGGCCAAGGCACACUGGGCCGUCACUGGUACCCCCAUCCAGAACAACCUGCUGGAUAUGUACUCGCUGCUGAAGUUUUUGAGGUGCUCUCCAUUUGAUGAAUACAAGCUGUGGAAGGCUCAGGUAGAUAACGGAUCUAAGAGAGGAGGAGAGCGGCUUAACGUUCUCACCAGGUCUCUGUUGCUGCGGAGGACCAAAGACCAGCUGGACUCUACAGGCAAGCCUCUGGUGUCUUUGCCCGCACGAAGCUGUAAAGUUCACAGGGUAAAACUGUCUGAGGAUGAGCAGUCUGUUUACGAUGUGGUGUUUGCACAGUCCAGGUCAACCCUCCAGUCCUAUCUGAAGAGACAUGAGGGAGGAGACGCAAAACAAGGAGAUGGAGCCAAUCCCUUUGAGAAAGUCGCGCAGGAGUUUGGAAUGUCCCAGCAGGGUUCUAUGUCGUCUUCUCAGCAACCUCAGGUUUCCAGCACCAUCCACAUCCUGUCCUUGUUGCUGCGCCUCAGACAGUGCUGCUGCCACCUGUCCCUGCUGAAGAAGACGCUGGAUCAGUCGGAGCUGCAGGGAGACGGGAUUGCUCUGUCACUGGAAGAGCAGCUCUGCGCUCUGUCUUUGUCCGAAUCCUCUGACUCGGACCCCAAAGCCACAGUUUCCCUCAACGGCAGCCGCUUCCCCGUUGAGUUUUUUGAGGAGAGCCAACAAAGCACCAAGAUUUCAGCAGUCCUCACGGAGUUAAAAGACAUUCGUGAGAAAAAUCAGAAAAGUGUGAUUGUGUCCCAGUGGACGAGCAUGCUGCACAUUGUAGCCGUUCACUUGAAGAAGCUGCAUCUGCACUUCAGUGUCAUAGAUGGUACAGUGAACCCUAAGCGACGCAUGGACCUGGUGGAUGAAUUUAACACUAACCCUAAAGGACCACAGGUAAUGCUCGUGUCCUUAUGUGCUGGAGGAGUGGGUAUUAAUCUGACUGGUGGAAAUCAUCUCUUCCUCAUAGACAUGCACUGGAACCCUGCGCUGGAAGACCAAGCCUGUGACAGAAUCUACAGAGUGGGACAACACCGUGAUGUCACCAUUCACAAGUUUGUGUGUGAGGGUACAGUAGAGGAUAAGAUCUCCUCUCUGCAAGAGAAGAAGAAGGAGCUGGCCCAGAAAGUCCUGUCUGGAACUGGAUCCUCUUUCACCAAGCUUUCGUUAGCAGACCUGAGGGUUAUUUUUGGUGUGUAAUAUAUGACAUGGCUACAAUCACCUUGUUAGAUUGUUGGGUUAUGGUAUGUCUUGCACUUUUAUCAAUGCCUUAUCCAUGUUUGAUUGCCUUAUACCAGUGCCUGAACUGUAAGAUGUGGUUUUUUUUAUUAUUAUUAAUAAAUAUAUUAUCCUGACUGAAACAAUAAUAAAUCGCUGGUUCUCAGUUCCAAACUAGAGGACCACAUGGACACACGAA